UCAGGAAGUAAACGGUUCUCUCUUUCCGUCAAAUCGCAAAUUAAACUACCGUUUUAUACAAUCCAAAACGCAGCAGCAAGAGGAAAGCGUCUCCUAAAAAUCCUCCAGCUUUCCUCAUCUUUUUGGAGAAAAAACUCCGGCAAAAGCCCUUCUUCAGUUCGGAUCAGUUCUGUCCCUGACCCGUUUGACUCACCGACGGUGUUCGCGUAUAUAGACGCGUUUCCCAAAUUUGCCGGGCUCGCUAAGCCGAAUUAGAACCCCCCGCGCGUAAUCCGAACCCGUUGCCGCAUCCGGCCGUACGUCCCGGAGCAGGACACUGCAUGGAUCCAGCCAUGAGCGGCGCCGCGGGCGGUCUCGCCGCCAUGCCGCGCGUCGGCAUGGGCACGGCGGUGCAGGGGGCGAGGCCGGAGCCCGUCCGGCGCGCCGUGCUCGGGGCCAUCGGGGCCGGGUACCGCCACUUCGACACCGCGGCGCACUACGAGACGGAGGCGCCCAUCGGCGAGGCCGCCGCCGAGGCCGUGCGGUCCGGCGUGAUCGCCUCCCGCGCCGAGCUCUUCAUCACGUCCAAGCUCUGGUGCAGCGACGCCCACCGCGACCGGGUGCUCCCCGCACUCAGGCAGACUCUACGGAACCUUCAGAUGGAGUACGUGGACCUGUACCUGGUCCACUGGCCCGUCUCCAUGAAGCCGGGGCGGUACAGGGGCCCCUUCACCGCCGACGACUUCGUGCCGUUCGACAUGGCGGCGGUGUGGGAGGCCAUGGAGGAGUGCCACCGCCUGGGCCUCGCCAAGGCCAUCGGGGUCUGCAACUUCUCCUGCAAGAAGCUCGAGACCCUGCUCUCCUUCGCCACCAUCCCUCCCGCCGUCAACCAGGUGGAGGUGAACCCGGUGUGGCAGCAGAGGAAGCUGAGGGAGCUGUGCAGGGAGAAGGGCAUCCAGAUCUGCGCCUACUCGCCGCUGGGCGCCAGCGGCACGCACUGGGGCAGCGACUCCGUCAUGGCCUCCGCCGUGCUGCACGACAUCUCCCGGUCCAAGGGCAAGACCGUAGCCCAGGUGUGCCUGAGGUGGGUAUACGAGCAAGGCGACUGCCUGAUCGUGAAGAGCUUCGACGAGACGCGGAUGCGGGAGAACCUGGACAUCGUCGGCUGGGAGCUGACGGAGGAGGAGCGGCGAAGGAUCGCCGGCAUCCCACAGCGGAAGAUCAACCGGGCCCUCCGCUUCGUCUCCGAGCAGGGGCCAUACAAGUCGCUCGACGAGCUCUGGGACGGCGAGAUAUGAGCAUCACUUUCACAUCGCAUCGCUCCAGGCCAGUUGUUUCCAGCCUCCCGGGCGCCGAUCGACGUGUACUGCUCGAUCGAUCUAUCCCCAAUAAAAAUUGCAGCUUUGACUA